GCCCAGGCGCUGCUGGCGGCGGCGAUGGGCGGCUCGCGGAGGCUGCUGCUGGUCUCCAACUCCAGGCUGUACGGCUGCGGCGGGUACCUGGGCCACUGCCAGCAGCAGGUCGCCGCUUUCUUCGGGGAAAAAGUCAAGAGGAUCUUGUUCAUUCCAUAUGCGCUUCAUGACCAAGAUGCCUACGCCAAGACUGCGAGAGAGAAAUUUGAAAGUUUGGGCUACGGGCUAGACAGCAUACAUGAAUCUUCUGAUCCCAUAGAAUCUGUAAGGAAAUCUGAAGCAAUAUUUAUAGGGGGUGGAAACACAUUUCGUCUCUUGAAAGCCCUUUAUGACAACAGUUUGCUACUGGAGAUCAGGAAGAGAGUUCUUGAGGAUGGAGUUCCGUACAUGGGGUCCAGCGCAGGAACUAAUGUAGCUACCGUCAGCAUAAACACAACCAAUGACAUGCCAAUUGUGUACCCACCUUCCUUCCAGGCCCUGGGAUUGGUUCCUUUUAACAUCAACCCCCAUUUCUUGGACCCAGAUAAAAAAAACACUCACAUGGGUGAGACACGUGAGGAAAGGAUUCGUCAAUAUCAUGAGGAACCAAAUACCCCUCCAGUACUGGGCUUGCGUGAAGGAUCAAUGUUACUAGUGGAAGGAGAUAAAGCCACUCUGCAAGGAGUAACCAGAGCUAGACUGUUUUUAAGGGGUAAGCCACCAACUGAACAUGAGCCUGGUACAGAUUUCAGUUUCCUGCUGAUGGCUGGUAACCCCCAAGCACCAUAACCUUUCUUAAAGUGGAACAAGAUGCAGCACUACAGUAUCCAGAUGGAAAGAGAUGAAAAAGAAGCUUCCAGUUCUUGGGAAUGAGGGGGAAAAUAGACUUACUUCUAUAAAUAAAGCUGGAUUUAAACGUA